GGCACCGUCGUCGAUCGAUCCGAGGUGUCCGUCCAGGUGUUGGGAGCCCGUCGAUGCGCCCAACAAGCAGCUUUAGCUGGCAGUAGCAGCCACGGGCACGGCAAGGCGCCGCGAUUGGCCGGACCGGCCACGUAUUGGGCUGCGCCGCCAUCCCUACCUCACUCACGCCCAUCUUCUCCUUCCCUUCCAUUCCGUUCUAGAAGGCUCGCACCGCCCCACUCAUACGCGCGUGCCGCUCCACUAUAUAAACCUCUGCUCCCGCCGGCCUCUUCUCCCUACUCCAUACUCUGCUUUACUCUGCAUUUCCUCUGCUUCUUCGUCCUCCUCGUCUUGCAACACAUCCACGUCUACCGUUGGGCGAGAGCGCUGAGAUUCGGCCGGGAUCCAUCCAUGGAGCACGCACACCACGAGCUGAUGCUGAGGCGGCCGGCCUCGGGCCACGAGGCGGCGCUCCGGUCCGUCCAGAAGCCGCCGUCCAAGCCGUGGCGCACCGGAGGCCUGGCACCGGCACCGACGCCGCCCAAGGUGUACCGCGUGGAGCCCAGGGAGUUCAGGGACCUGGUGCAGAGGCUCACGGGCGCGCCCGCCGCGAGACUGCAGCAGCAGCGCGCGGCGGUGGCGCCGACGCAGCCCGUGGUCGUGCGCGUUGGCACCGGCGCCACCGGAGUGGAGACGGUCGGGCCGAUGCACGCCGCUGCGCCGUGGUUAUCGUUCCCGAUCCUGGCCCCGGUGGCGGCCAUGCACCCCCGCCUCGACGGCAACCAGCUGAUCUGAAUGUCAACUGAAGCUGUGUCCACUGCUGAUGAUCUUGUACAUCCUUUUUUCUCCCCUUUUUUUUUUCUAAUUCUAGGACAAUGAAGCUAGCGUGUAAAUUUUAAAGGAGCAGCCUAGUAGAAAUAGAAAAAUUAUUUGUAAUCUUGUAUGAACUGUGUUUUAAGUCUUUUUUCUCUUUCGGUUUUCA